UGCAGUUCAUGUAGGAUCAUUCUUUUCCAAAUCAUUGAGAGAAUAGCACGUUACAUGCAAUUGAGUAUACUGAGAUUUCAUAUGUCAAACAAUAGUAUUUGUUGAGAAUGGCUAUUUGUAUUAAAUCAAGUGUUGCUUCAUGUGCACGUGUAAUAUGAAAAAACGUUGAGCGAUAUCGUGUAAAUAAAGAUGAACUUAUCGUAGUUCAUGAAAUAGAUAAGAGGACUUAACCGACUAUAAAAAUAUACUAUAAAAAUGUUUUUAACUCUAUAUAAUGUUCAUCAGUCCUAUGUUAUCAUAACAUGCUUUGAAAAAAUAUAUUGAUAAUAUGAAAUUAUAGAUUACACGAAUCUACGUACAUAAGUAGGAGUUUGCUUCACUGUGCGGUCAGUCUCAAGUAAGCUGUGCUAUUCGGAAUAUAUGAAUAGUUGACAUUUAACACAAUUUUGUUUUCGUGCAACAAAGGAAAUUCGUACAAAAAUGUACACGUUCAUCGCAAGCUUUUCGGAAUGGUGGAAUGUAUGGACCGUCGGUAUAGUGACAGCAUUAGUUGCUUUUAUAUACGUGUACGUAAAACGACACCACAGUUAUUUCGAAAAGAUGGGAAUUCCUUAUUUGAAAUCUCACAUUCUAGUGGGCAAUCGUGGACCAGUGAUUUUAAGGAUAAGAUCGUUUAUAGAACAAUCAAAGCUGUUAUAUGAUUCAAUGCCAAAAGCAAAGUACGCAGGGAUGUAUGAUUUUACGUUACCAUCAAUAAUGAUACGGGAUCUUGAACUCAUCAAAGAAAUUGGAAUUAAACAUUUUGACAAUUUUGUGGAUCAUAAACCAUUGGCCAAUCCAGAACUCGAUCCACUUUUUGCAAAAAAUCUCUUUUCUUUACGCGGAAACAAAUGGCGAGAAAUGCGAGCUAUCUUGAGCCCCGCCUUUACGUCGAGCAAAAUGAAAAUGAUGUUUGAGCUGAUGUCCAACUGCGCCAACGAAUUCGCAGAUUUUGUGACAUCACAACGUGAUACAAACAUCGUGGAAAUCAGGGAUGCUUUUUCGAGAUAUACGAACGACAUAAUUGCAACAACAGCCUUUGGAAUAAGCGUAAAUUCUAUGAAGGAGCGCGACAAUGAAUUUUAUAAAAUGGGCAAGGACGCGACAACCUUUGGAUUUUUUAAAUCUAUGGUAUUCAUGAUAGGCCAGGUAAAUCCGAAAUUGACAAACUCAUUAAAAUUGAGAAUAAUUAAUCAACGGGUAUCAAACUUCUUCGAAGACAUCAUUACGUCAACUAUUGCUACGAGAAUCGCUCAGAAGAUUGAAAGACCAGAUAUGUUGCAAUUAUUGAUACAGGCCAAGGAAUCUGGAAAAGCUGCAGAUUUGACUAUUCAGGAUAUGACUGCGCAAGCAUUUAUAUUUUUCUUUGGCGGAUUCGAUACAGUAUCACUUGCCAUGUGCUUCACUGCUUAUGCAAUUGCUACUAAUCCUGAAGUUCAAGAGAAGCUGCAAAUGGAAAUUGAUCAAGUUCUUAAAAAAUCUAACGGCAAGAUAACUUACGACGAUCUGAAGGAAAUGCAAUAUCUCGAUGCAGUUUUUAAUGAGACACUGAGGAUGUAUUCGCCGAUAAGAUCGUUUAUAGAACAAUCAAAGCUGUUAUAUGAUUCAAUGCCAAAAGCAAAGUACGCAGGGAUGUAUGAUUUUACGUUACCAUCAAUAAUGAUACGGGACCUUGAACUCAUCAAAGAAAUUGGAAUUAAACAUUUUGACAAUUUUGUGGAUCAUAAACCAUUGGCCAAUCCAGAACUCGAUCCACUUUUUGCAAAAAAUCUCUUUUCUUUACGCGGGAACAAAUGGCGAGAAAUGCGAGCUAUCUUGAGCCCCGCCUUUACGUCGAGCAAAAUGAAAAUGAUGUUUGAGCUAAUGUCCAACUGCGCCAACGAAUUCGCAGAUUUUGUGACAACACAACGUGAUACAAACAUCGUGGAAAUCAGGGAUGCUUUUUCGAGAUAUACGAACGACAUAAUUGCAACAACAGCCUUUGGAAUAAGCGUAAAUUCUAUGAAGGAGCGCGACAAUGAAUUUUAUAAAAUGGGCAAGGACGCGACAACCUUUGGAUUUUUUAAAUCUAUGGUAUUCAUGAUAGGCCAGGUAAAUCCGAAAUUGACAAACUCAUUAAAAUUGAGAAUAAUUAAUCAACGGGUAUCAAACUUCUUCGAAGACAUCAUUACGUCAACUAUUGCUACGACAAUCGCUCAGAAGAUUGAAAGACCAGAUAUGUUGCAAUUAUUGAUACAGGCCAAGGAAUCUGGAAAAGCUGCAGAUUUGACUAUUCAGGAUAUGACUGCGCAAGCAUUUAUAUUUUUCUUUCGUGGAUUCGAUACAGUAUCACUUGCCAUGUGCUUCACUGCUUAUGCAAUUGCUACUAAUCCUGAAGUUCAAAAGAAGCUGCAAAUGGAAAUUGAUCAAGUUCUUAAAAAAUCUAACGGCAAGAUGACUUACGACGAUCUGAAGGAAAUGCAAUAUCUCGAUGCAGUUUUUAAUGAGACACUGAGGAUGUAUUCGCCAGUUGCGGAAUUAAACAGGGAGUGUACAAAAAGUGUUGAACUCCCUCCAGCUACACCAGGCGCGAAGCCAUGUACCGUAAAACCUGUCACUCAAAUAAUUAUUCCCGUUUAUGGCAUUCAUCAUGAUCCCCAAUACUUUCCCGAACCUGAUAAAUUCGAUCCUGAAAGAUUUUUAGACGGUAGUGAGAGAAUGACUCCUUCUGCAUAUUUGCCCUUUGGAAUUGGCCCAAGAAUUUGCAUUGGAAAUAGAUUCGCAAUAAUGGAAUGUAAAUUAGUCCUCUUUCAUUUAUUAAAGAAAUAUAAUUUUAGACCAUGCGAGAAAACAACUGUACCUAUGAAAUUUAGUACAAACAGUGUCCUGCCGGGCCCUGUGAAUGGCUUUUGGAUAAAAAUCGAAUCAAGAAAAUAAAUUAUAUUCGUAUAACUGUA